AUGUCGGACAGCAGUGAUAUUUCCCUCUCUACGUCUACAUCUGACAUAUGUCAGCUGCGAAAGCACUCGUUCUUUCUUUCUGUAUUUGUUCAAUCUUUCAUUCAAAUAUACCCUUCAUUUCAAUUAUAUCUUACCACUUACCUUCUUAAAUGUUUUUUUCCGUUUAUCUUUUUAAUAAUUGUCUUUUUUUUCCCAUUUCCACGUAUCCGUCAUAUUCUUUCUUUCUUUCUUUCUUUCAUUCUAUCUUUGUUUCUUUCGUUCUUUUUUAUUUUGUCACAAAUCAAAUAUGUUAAUUCAUUUCUCUUUGAACAAUUUAUCCAUUCCUCCUUCUAUUAUUGCCAUUCGUUCUUAUUUCCAAGCAUAUGUUAUUUAUUUAUUUAUUUAUUUAUUUAUUUUCUUUUUUUAUUUUUUUUCUUUUCAUCUUUUCUUUCUUUUUCUUUUUUCUCUUUCUUUUCUUUCUUUUCUUUCUUUUCUUUCUUUCUUUCUUUUUCUUUCUUUCUUUUCUUUUCUUCUCUUUCUUUCUUUUCUUUCUUUUUCUUUUUUUCUUUUCUUCUUUCUUUUCUUUUCUUUCUUUCUUUCUUUUCUUUUUUUCUUUUCUUUUCUUUCUUUUUCUUCCUUUUCUUUCUUUUGUUUCUUUCUUUGUUUUUUCUUUCUUUCUAUCUUUUCUUUCUUUCUUUGUUUUCUUUCUUCUUUCUUUCUUCGUUCAUUCCUAUUCAUUUAACUCCUAUUUUUAUUAUAUCUUACCAACUUUCUCCUGAAUGUCUUCGCCAUUUGUCUUUUUUUAUUGAUCUUCUUUUGUUUUUUCAUUUCCACGCAUCUUUCAAAUUCUUUUUCUUUCUUUCUUUCUUUCUUUUUCUUUUUCUUUCUUUCUUUCAUUCUAUCUUUUGUUUUUUCGUUCUUUUUAUUUUGUCACAAAUCAAAUAUGUUAAUUCAUUUCUCUUUGAACAAUUUAUCCAUUCCUCCUUCUAUUAUUGCCAUUCGUUCUUAUUUCCAAGCAUAUGUUAUUUAUUUAUUUAUUUAUUUAUUUUCUUUCUUUCUUUUUUUCUUUCUAUCUUUUCUUUCUUUGUUUCUUUCUUUUCUUUCUUUCUUUCUUUUCUUUCUAUCUUUCUUUCUAUCUUUUCUUUCUUUCUUUCGUUCUAUCUUUUCUUUCUUUCUUUCUUUUCUUUCUAUCUUUCUUUAUAUCUUUUCUUUCUUUCUUUCUUUCUUUCUUUCUUUCUUUCUUUCUUUCUACCUUUUCUUUCUUUUGUUUCUUUCUUUGUUUCUUUCUUUCUUUCUAUCUUUUCUUUUUUUCUUGUUUUUGUUUUUUCUUUCUUUCUUUCUUCGUUCAUUCUAUUCAUUUAA